UUGUGAAGAAGAAAAUGUAGGUUAGAGGAGAGGAAGCAGCAUCAGGACACCUUACCACCACUGUUAGUAAAUGACUUGGGGGUACGGGUUGCUUUUCCGAUCUGCAAAGUAGGAGGGAAUGGGAUGUUUGCAGACGCAGUUGCUAAUUGUGCCUGAGGGCGUGGGUGCCUUUUGUACCGAAAGAACUUUUGGCCGUUUUUUCUUGUAUUGUUUUCAAGUCGCUGCCCGAGUGUGUCCUCAGGGCAUCCUGGGGAGGAGCCGGUGUUGCGGUUUCGGGGCGCAGCCGAGGCCGCCCCGCCGCCUCCCGUAGGCGAUCAGACUUCCUCUCCCUGGCGGUUCCGGGAGGAGAACCUCCUACAACAAACACCGCCGAAGUUUCCCUCUCCAGCGCGAUCGCCAAUCCCAGGAGCGCCCGGCGCGUGGGCUGGGAAGGAGCCGAGCGGAAACCUGGAAGUGAGCCGCGGCGCAGGCGAAUCCCGCGCGUUGCUGGUGGCAGCGCCCAAGAGACCCCGCACAGAAAGUGGGCUGGGAGUCUCGCUUGCUGUACCCGCACCUAAGUGCUCAGAAGCGGCCUUUCGCUCUUCAAAGGGGGGGGUCUUAGAAGCUUGGGGAAGAAGCACAUUGUUUCGGAGUUCCUUGUUGCGUUCUUUCUCCUUGGGAGAAGGGAAUUGCACAAGGAAAAGAAGAGAAGCCUUUAUUUUGUAACUGAAAUUCUCCAGAGUUGAGUUGCGUCGUACAGACUCGGUGCAUAUUUUAAUACAAAACUAAGGGAAGAGGCCAUUUGAUACUUGGCUUCAUCUCAACCGUCAGCCGGGGGUGACUUCAAAAAGACGCAAGAUUGGGCUCUGGGGAGUAAAAGGAAGAAUUAGGAUGGCGGUUUUUCAAGGGAAGUUAAGUCUAGACAUGCUUCUUUGAAAGUCACAAGGCAGAAGUGGUCAAAAGCAGAAUUUAAAAGAACCAAAACAAAUAUCAUAAGCUUGUCCUUCUCUCCUACUGGGAUAUAAAUUCUCCUAAGUAUCUCAUCGAAAAGGCUCCUGGGACGAAAGUCGAUGGGGGCAAAUCUUGGAGGGAAAUUUCGUGACUGUUUGACCAUGGACUAAUUAAUACCGUUCACCUGUAGAGAGGAUGCACUUGGUUCCCAGCGCCCUCCUCCCAGCACAGGCCGCUGCCUCAGCAUCCACCCCGCAGCCCACGUGUGGCAAGCCGGGGAAAGGGUGGAGUGAACGGCCGGAGACCACGUGCAGAAAGGGGCCGCUUUGGCCCUUCCAUCUGGGUGCCGGGAGCCCCUAGGCCCUCCGGCCAUGGCCGACAGCGGCGGUGCUGGCAGCUCGGGCCCCUGGUGGAAAUCGCUCACCAACAGCAGAAAGAAAAGCAAGGAAGCCUCAGUGGGGGUGCAGCCUCCCGCCCAGCCCGCUCCCGGGGAGCCCACGCCACCUGCGCCGCCCAGCCCGGACUGGACCAGCAGCUCCCGGGAGAACCAGCACCCCAAUCUCCUCGGGGGCGCCGGCGAGCCCCCCAAACCAGACAAGUUAUACGGGGACAAAUCCGGCAGCAGCCGCCGCAAUUUGAAGAUCUCGCGCUCCGGCCGCUUUAAGGAGAAGAGGAAAGUGCGCGCCACGCUGCUCCCGGAGGCGGGCAGGUCCCCGGAGGAGGCAGGCUUUCCUGGUGACCCCCACGAGGACAAGCAAUAGCCCAAUAGCCUGCGCGCUCCAGGACUGCCUACCCAGCACUACCCCAAACCCCCAGUUCCAAACCCGAGACUUCAGGCCCGCCCCCUUACGUGUUGUCUCAUUCCACCAAAUUCAGAAUAUUUACACAAUGCCUUCGUGAUUUUAUUUUUCUGGAAAUUGAAGUGUCAAUUGGGUUCUCAAUAUUUCAUGACUCCAAGGAUGCAUUAAAUAUUUAUUUGUGGUAAGAGAAGAUACCUGCCGCGGAGGAGGGUGGCAUAAUUAUUUUUUUUCGAAAAGCUAUUCUGGGGCCCUGGCCCCCUGGCUCCUGUCACAGCUCAGCUUGAACUCUGUAGCCUCUCAAAUGAAGAAGGUGGCUGUUAUUUAGGACUCUGUGGAAAGCAAAUCACAGUGCUGUUUUUAAUGCCUGAGAAAUGCACUUUAGGGGUAGACUUAUACCUUAAGUGAAGGAGUGGGGGAGAAGCAUUUUAAAAUAAGGCAGGAUUGCUUUGAAUGGUAAACUACAAAACUGUACAGCCUAUUUUAGUGUGGACUAUUAAAACCCUUGCACUGUAAGACUUAA